ACAGAUUAAAUUAGUUAGGGGGGGAAACAAAGAGCUGGAGCUGCGCAUAAAGGCGGAUGCUGGAGAAGAGUGAACACAGCAAACUUCAGCCGGACCUUCCAGAGUUUCAGUGAGGGAACUUUCGACACAGAAAACAAAAUGCGGGGCCUGUUUUCCACCCUCAUCAUGGUGCUGGUGGCCUUAAUGAUCGUGACAUCAGAGGCUGGGAAAAACAAGAAAGAGAAGAAUAAGGGAGGUAAGGGUGGUGCCGACUGUGCGGAGUGGCUCUAUGGCAGCUGUGUGGCCAAUAACGGUGACUGUGGACCAGGAACGAGGGAGGGAACCUGCAACGAACAGACCAGGAAAGUCAAAUGCAGAGUGCCAUGCAACUGGAAGAAAGAAUUUGGAGCUGACUGCAAGUAUAAGUUUGGUAACUGGGGUGAGUGUGACGCAACCACAAGCACGAAGAGCCGCACUGGCACUCUGCAGAAGGCUCUCUUCAACGUCGAAUGUCAGCAAACCGUCUCUGUGACCAAACCCUGCACCACCAAGGUCAAAAACAAACCCAAAGGAAAGAAAGGCAAGGGGAAAGGGAACUAAAGGGAGCGAGAGAUCCAGAGGAGCAGUAAACACCCCGUGAUCAUCCGCCAUCUAAACACGGCCUUUUAUAAUGUAUCUCUACUCUGUGUUGUUCAGCACGAGCGGGACUCGCUCUACAGCCACAAACACAUAGCUUUAGAAGACUAUGACAGAGUAACAGCUGAGUGUUUGACACCUUACAUGACUCUUUCAUGCGCGAGGGCGAUCAGAGAAUAAAAUGCCGUUGUUUAUUGUGUAGUUCAGCCACUCCUCUGAUGUUUCCUCUCUCUCUUUCUCUCUACCAUCUAUCAGCUGUUCACGCCUCAGGCCUCUCAUUUGCUGAAGGACAACAAUCAGUAGAACUCAAUCAAACACAUCUAUUUUAUUACUGUUUUACUUACAACGUUUGGUUUUGUAAGAUUUUGUAAUUUACAGGAUUAUAUUACUAGCGGGGUAUAAAAGUAGCAAUUGGAUAAGUCACCCAUUUCUUUUUUUUGUAUUCUAAAAUACAAAACUAAGGAGUGUUGUUUGAAAUAAAUGACUUCUCUUUUUCUAUAAAGGGUGUAGUGUAUGUACAAGUGAAAAUACCCCAUUUUUCUUUUCUUUCCUUUUGACUGUUACUAACAGAUCUAAGGGUGAAAGAGGGUUGUUAAAAUGCAUGGAGAGGUGACCGUCCCCUCUUGCGCAAACCUGUUUUAUAAGCAUUUAAGAAAAAAAAACCCUGAAGUUUUGUUACUGAGAUUUGUGUGUUCUAUGUAGUGUUAACAAAAGUGACAUGAGUGAUGAAAGUUCAUUAUUAAAGACACUUGAGCCCUCUGAA